AUGGCGUCUGACGCUGCAUCGGGGCCUUCAAUGCCUUCUCGCUCCCUCCCAGAGACGGAAGCGUUGUACCGACAGUCAAUCGACUCAGCCCGAGAAGCUUCGCUCAGCAGACGCUUCUCGCGCUCCUCUCGCACCUCUCAAGGCAAGACAGCUUCUCAAGAGCCCAAUGCCAGACAUGACGGAACUCAGAGGGUGUCAAGAGACGAGACUGUAGUGAUGCGCAAGCGCGACAGCCAAAUGAGCCUGGCCAACACUUCCUUGGACCCAGCUGCGGGCGCCAGCAAUGAAGGGUCUGCAGCAGAGCAGGGCGGAGGAACGGCAAGUGGCGCUGCGCAAGGUGACGAGGAUGCCGAUACGGAUGUGGACAGCGAGAUUGCGCACCCCUCCUUCUUGGGCAGCUCCGUGCGCUCCAACCUCAGUGCGCGUCCAACCAUCCUACCACCAGCAGCCUUUCUCACGCCCAAGAAGGGGAGCGCGAGAAUGUCGCCUGCAGCCACACGAACUCCCAGUCCGUUCAACUUUCCAAUUGCUCAGUCUCCUGUAGCUGGGAGAUCUCCAGGACAGUCUCCUACCUCGGCUGCCACUGAGGUUGCUCGUGCUGGCGCAUGGCGCGGCAGUAGCGGCUGGACGGAGGCUUCGUCCAGUCGAGCAGCGUCGCAGGGGACGGGGCACGACAGUGCCGGCCUACAACAGAGUUCACACAAAGCUCACAAGUCGACCAGAGCUCCCUCUGAGCAUGCAAGUCGAGAUCCCCUACUGCCCUUUUCGACCAGGCAAGCGAAUGCAAUGUCAGGCUACGAUGCUCAGAGCUACACUGGAAAAUCACCAUCACCAAACAUGCGUUCCACUCCAAAGAGCCGUUCAUCUCGUCUCGAGAUGCAGCCAUCGCCUAGGCCGAGAAGCAAGAGGAGCUCGGUGCAGGAAAAGCCGGCAGAGAAGCCAAGCUCCUAUCCUCGCAAGUGGAAGUUAUUCCAAGGAGCAAACAAGUUCUUCUGCUUUGGACGCAUCAUGACAGCCGAUGACAAUCCUCUGCCGUUCUUUGGAGCCACUUUAGUCGUCGUUGCAUUCCCAAUUCUGUGGUUCAUCUUUGUCGCUCCUUUCACUUGGCGACAUGUAAGCCCAGCGCCUGUCAUCCUGACAGCAUACACCUGGCUUGUCACUCUCUCAAGCAUGAUGGUGACCUCCUGGAGAGAUCCAGGAGUGCUGCCCAGAGACUUGGAUCCAGACCCGCCUUGCACCACUAGCGAUGGCGACCCCAUGGAUCCAGAAGAUCCGCUUGCCAUUCCUCUGCCUCGCAUUGUGCGAGUCCCUCAGAGCACAGAUCUCAAAGUCAAGUGGUGUGAAACAUGCGGCACAUAUCGGCCACCUCGCGCUAGCCAUUGCAGGACUUGCGAUAACUGCGUGGAAAACAUUGGUGAGACCGUUAGAUUUACUGCUUGACGAUCUCAGCCUGCUGACAAAGUGGCUGCUUCGCUAUGACAGAUCAUCAUUGCACGUUCUUGAACACUUGCAUCGGCCGCCGCAAUUACUUUAGCUUCUUUUCCUUUCUCAUCGCUGGCAUUACGCUCUGUUGCCUCUGCUUGAUCUUCAGCGCUGUCCACCUCUACCUGCUCACGCGGCCUUUGGACGACCCACUUCCUGGAGGCGGUUUUGGCUCUGGUCUCGAUUUCGCUGGAGCUCUGCGCAAGGCUCCACUCAGCGCAGUCCUCUUCCUCGUACCUAUCUGGGUACUGGUCCCGCUGUGCGUCCUGUUCGGCUACCACAUGCGCUUGGUCAGCAUGAAUCGAACCACAGUGGAGCAGAUUCGCAUCAACUCUCAGAAGGAGUACGGAGAGAAAUCUCGCCAAUCCGAUGCUGUGGCAUCCCAUCGCUGCGUGCCUGCUCUAGGAAGACCAGGAAGGGAUCCGAAUCCUUUUGCGGUGCCAAACUUUUUUGCCAACGCUUUCGAAGUGCUGUGCAGACCCAUUCCAGAAAGCUACAUCGACCGCUCCGGUCGCGCAGUGCCUGAUAAUCGUAGACCAAAUCCUGCUUGGCGCAGCAGCUCGAUGGGCCGACAAGCCAGUGACAUCGCCAACGACGGUAGUCCACGAGUAUAG